UAGCGGUGAUUGCCUGCAGAGAGCAGAGGCCACGCGGAGGGGAGGCCGGUUGUCCGAAUCACCUCAAGUCAACAACUUCCUCCCUAACAUCUCAACGGCUUUCCCUCUCUCCCUGUCUCUCUCCUGUGUGUGCCAGCAAAGGUACUGGAGACGUAACACCAAUUUGCAUAAUUAUUUGUAAUCGUUGGGCGACAGUCUCAGAAUGAAUGUGAACGCGGACCCUCAUGCCUCCCCAAGCACCUAUCCCAUCUGCUCGGUCUGUCAGAAAAUGAUCUUCGACAAGGAGCCGAGCAGAAGUAUCCAUCGACUGUAUUCCACUGGCCCCAGCUCCUUCAUACCAGAAGAAGAGAUAGUGGAGGCCUGGUCUCUGGAUACGUGGGUGGUGGAGCCCCACGCUGAACUGCUGUUAGCCGAGCUCUGCUCUCCCACUGGCCGGCUGGAUCACCUGACCCAAGUGAUGGGCCUGCAUCCACACUACCUGCAGGCUUUCCUGCGCUGCCAGUUCUACCUGCUGAGGAGAGACGGGCCCUUACCCCUCCACUACAGACACUAUAUUGCCAUUAUGGCAGCCGCGCGGCAUCAGUGUUGGUUCCUGGUUUUACUGCAUGUGCAGGAGUUUUACCGGAUAGGAGUUUGUUUGGAGUGGCUGAAAGGACUGCAAUAUGCCAACGAGAAAUUAAGAAAUCUCAACACUCUCAACAAAAUACUUGCGCACAGACCAUGGCUCAUUACCAAGGAACAUAUAGAGGCCCUGUUGAAGACUGGGGAGAACAGCUGGUCUCUGGCUGAGCUGGUCCAUGCUGUUGUUUUGUUGGCGCACUUUCACGCACUGGCCAGCUUCAUCUUUGGCAGUGGCAUCAACCCUGACACGCUAGCUCCGGUCAGUUCCUACUGCACUUGUGAGCUUACUGGAUUUGGCCAAUUGGAGCAGGAUAUCCUUCUCAGCAAAAGUCCGGAGAGCGAGUUGGAGUCUCUUCUGGAGAGGAUGAGGAGGCUGCGUGAGGAGAAGGAGGAAGAGGAGGCCUCCGAGGAGGAGAUGGUCAUCCGUUUCGAGAAGGAGAAAAAGGAGAGCCUUUUUGUGGGGUCUACAGACUUUGAUGACCAAAUGAUUUCACCGUCCAGAGUUUCACGUUUUGUCGAAGAUGCUGCCUUUGGUUAUCAAGACUUUGCCCGACGAGGAGAGGAUAACCCACCAACAUUUCGCGCACAGGACUAUUCAUGGGAAGAUCAUGGAUUCUCGUUGGUGAACAGAUUGUAUUCAGACAUUGGCCUGCUCUUGGAUGAAAAAUUCAGGACCGCUUGUGAUUUAACCUACUACAACAUGGCCAGCCGAGAGGGUGUGGACACCAGCAUGCUGCGGAGAGCCCUUUUUAACUAUGUCCAUUGCAUGUAUGGUAUCAGGUAUGAUGAUUACGAUUAUGGAGAGGUGAAUCAGCUUCUGGAACGCAACUUGAAAGUUUACAUUAAGACUGUGACCUGCUAUCCUGAGAGGACCACACGUCGCAUGUAUGACCGCUAUUGGCAUCAGUUCCGCCACUCUGAGAAGGUUCAUGUGAAUCUUCUUCUGAUGGAGGCUCGAAUGCAGGCGGAACUGCUUUACGCUCUUCGUGCAAUCACACAGUACAUGACCUGACAGGACAAAAAGGCAUUUCUGAGCUACUUCCCUCUGUCACUACUAACCUAGAUGCCUGUUUUUACCGCCCCACACUCUCUCUUUUCCCCCUUUUUUUGUGUAUUUUAUCUCUACCGGGGCACUGGUGGUUUGAAACACUACAAGAAGGAAAAGCCCUCCCAUGUUUUAAAGCCCAGCAGUCUUAUGCCGAACACUAUAAGUGUGAAAUGAGGGUACAUUGAAGUGCUGGUAUCAGUAUUAUUUGUGUACUGAAAAAUGUGCAAAGUGCAAUAUUUCUCCUUAGAUUUUUUUAAAAAUGUAUAUGGUAAAUAAAUACAAGAUAUUAAAGUUGCCUGAAGAGUAAUAUUAUUUAGUUAAUGAGUUUCUUCAGAGACCAGACUGAACUGAAAAUAAAGAAAAAUGACAGCAACGAGCCAACAAAGAUAAUAGUCCUGAUCAUUCACAGUAUUUGUGAUGGACUGGCCUUAUCUACCACACCUUGUCCAGUUCCUCUGGAAUUUUGCUAAUUGUAAUUACAGAUUCUCGUAAUAUUGCAAUAUCACUGCAAAAAUGCUGUCAUGGAAUUUCUGCAUUAUUUCUGCAAUUUUUAAGAAUUCCUAAAGGAGAUUUUUUGUCUUCAAUAUUCACAACAAACCCUCUGAAGAUACUGGGGGUAUUUAAAGGGCAGUUGAACUGAUGAGUAUGUUUAGUCUGAAAAAAGUUGAGCAUGUGUAGUCUUCACUGGAAAAAAAAAGCUUUUUUUCUUUCAUCUAAAUACCCACUGAGCAAAUGAUCAACAAUGACCUGCAACAAUGAUGUAUCCCUUCUUCUGGCCACAAUGAACUUUUCAUUUAAGUUAAAAUUUCAAGCUGUUAAAUGCUGAACUUUGUGGUCACUGAUACAUGAUAUUGACCUUCAGAUCCUUCUCAUCCCAAAGGCGAACUAAUAAGAUCCGGGGUCUAUGGUUGCCAGGGUAGCUAAUAGCAGUCAUUGUCAUGUUCAUGGCACUAGAAUGAGAUCCUGUGUGCUUUGUUACAUAAUCUUGGGGGUGACCACUUGAACAGGGUAGACUAGUGGUGAAGGGAUGUGCACGGUCAGAUUGUGCUCGAUUAAUCCUAAUGGGAGGGUAGUGUGUACCAAGAAAACAUUCCUCACACCAGCAUUAGUCUGUACAUACUGUAUUGUACGAGGCAGGGUAGAUGGAUUCAUGUUGUUUACAGCAAGCCAAAGUAAAAAUUGUCAUCUGUAUGUUGCCACAGACAUCAGAGCAGAAUUUCCUUAGUGGUUUAAUUUCUUUUCCCCCAACCAAAUGCCCAAAUUUAGCUUUAUCUUCUUAAUAAGCAUGAGUGGAACUCAUUGUUAGCCACAGCCUGUCGCUGCUUCAGGUUCCUACAUGUUGGCCAUUCAGAAAUGCCUCUCUGCACCUGUUUUGAGCAUUGGUGGCCUGUAUUUGAUUGCCUUAUGAGAGACAUUUUAUGUUUGUUUUUCCCUCAUACAUCCAUCUCUCCUUUACUGCACAAUUACUCUAAAUAUCGAAAGAAUGUAAUGUUUGAAAACCCUGAGAGGGCAGCUAGACAUCCCCUUGACCUCUUCGACUGUGUUUCUGUGUUUACGUGCCUUACAGCCAUAUGGUUUGGAGUUCACACAGAGAUGUUUUGUUUAAAUAAGCAGGUGUACUUGGGGGAUAUCAGUGGACUAUGUGUGUAUUGUAUCGUAUAACUGAUGGAUAAAGAUGCUGUGAACUCAAAAUUUGCACCAAAGGUUACGACAUUUGUAACAUGCUGUGAUGACACUCCACACAGUGACCAUAUAAUGCUGCUGUUGACCAAUUAUUUGCUUUUCAUGUGCAAUGUAACCAAACCAAAAAAAUACUUCUAUUCUUUUUCUUCUUUCUUAUGUGUUUGUCCAUGUUCAGUAUUUGAAUAUUUGUUUGAUUGUAAAUUAUUACUAAGCUGUAUUUAUCACUACAAAACAAAGCAUAACACAGUCUAAGAAGUUCUUAUUUUGAAAGUUGUGGUGCACAGCUAACACCAUCACAGUUGCACAUUUGAUGCACAUUUCAUUGUAUAUUGUUAAAAUGCGAUAUCCAGAUAUAAAUUCAUGUAUAUGUUGUACAUAUCUCUUCUGUGGUUUAUGGUUAACGUGUACCUGUCUACCACUACCAACAGUGCCGCCCGCCAUAGGUUUUUUUCUGUAUAGAGUGUAAGAGUCUACCAGUGGCAUUUUUUCUGCCUGAUUAUUUUACCAAAACCAAAUUAAAGACCUGUAAUAAAAGUUUUCGCUUAA